AUUAGAUCGAGGAGAACUUUCACAGUUAGCUGAUGCAUUUUUGAAAGCUCAGAUUUCAACCGAGGAUGAAAGUAAAAAAAUUGCUAAAAAGUUUUCUCCUAAACAGCAAAAUCUUCUAAAGGAAUUUCUUUCAAAUUCUAGUAUUACUGUAGUGAGACCAACUAUUGUAUAUUCCCCAUCUCAAUCAAGGUUGAUGUCAAAAUCUGUGUUGUAUAGUGAACAUGCUAAAGUAGAACAAACACCUGUUGAAGAAGCCAAGGCUAAUCAAACUGCAGUUCAUGUAGAUCAUAAACAGUCUAUUCCUUUACAAAUUAAUAAUGCAAAAAGUGCUACAGAGAUUAUGAUUGAAAAGAAAACUCCAGUGACUACAAAGUUUACGUUGCCAACUGCUCAAACAUUUAGUCCACCAGAAUCUUCCUCUGUCUUAACAGAAGCAUCAGAUGGGACUAUUUAUGAAUCAAUUACACCUCCAGAUUCUCCAAGUGCAUCAGAAUAUUCAAUUAUUGCUAACAACUCUGGAGACGCAAGCAGACCCACAUCUGAUAAAAAUGGACAAACUAUGAAUUUCAUCCUUCCUUUUGAAAAAAAUAGUCCUUUGUUAAUGAAGUCUUCUGUACCAAAUGUUUCUGGGGAUAAAGUUCAUGUAUCAGCACAUUCUAUGAAGGAAUUAACACUUAAUAAAAAUACCCUGUCGUCAGUAUUUAGUCAGCCAUUGUGUUCUUUAUCAUCGAAUACUUCUGUAAUGUCAGUUGUUCAAAGCAGUAUAUCUGACAUUUCUAAAAGUAAAGAAAAUGUACCUUCAGUUCAGUCCAAGCCAGUAUUUGGAAAGCCUCUUGCAGCACCUCCAUCUCUCUUAUUUUCUGCUUCUUCAUCAAUUCCCAGUUCUGAUAAAAUUGUAGAAGACACUGCAGCUUCAACUUCUAAAUCUGCAUCAACAACAGUUUUAACUAGUUCACUACAGAAUAUUCCACCCAAAACUACUAGUUCAACCACUUCAUUGAGUUCUGAUACGAAGUUUGUUCAAGGUUUAUCUGCAUUCCAUGUUAAGGACAAAUCUCCAUCUACUCAAAAAUCAGUUUUGCCUAACUUUUUCUCUAGUCCGACUGCAGAAAGUAGCAAACCUGAAGCAACUGUUGGACAAGUAUUUGGCAGUGGUUCAUUUUUCCCUACCUCUGGAGUUAAAAAUUCCUCUUUCUUUAGUAUUUCUAAAUCAAACUCUUUCUUGACUCAAGGAAAUACUUCUAAAGAACAGCCAUCUUUGCAAUCAAAAAUUGAUUCUGGUGGGGUAUCCCUGCAAGUUCAAAAGUCUUCUGGGACUGUAUUCUCAGAAACCUUGGCUCAGACUGGUGGUCAAAUUUUAGGUUCUACGGAAUCUUCAGGCAUUUCAGUAGUAAAUUCUGCGGAAGAAAUUUCAAAUUUGAAAACUGAAAUGACUCAAUCUGUUAGUGUGGCAUCUGUAAUUACUUCUGUAAGUACUGAGAGCAACAUAACAACUUCUGGAACUCUAGGAAUAAACUACAGUACUUUUCCAAGUAAUAUAGUACAGACAGUAGCUUCUUCAUCAGCUGCUUUUCCGGAAAAAAAUAGCAAUUCAUCUGCACCUUUGUUUUCACAGCCUUCAGUCACGGAAGGUGGCAUUUCAUCAACAAGUCUCACAACUGUUGUAUUUUCUCCAGUUAGUUCUAGCAUACCAUCGCUAUUGUCUCAAGCAAACUCUACUUCUGUGCUCUGUCAAACUUCAAGUCUUUCUUCUGUUACUACUCUCUUUGCCCAGACAACUUCACCGACAACUGUACCAGAAGCUGCAUCACCCACAGCCACAUCAGUUGUUUCUGCAGCCCAACCAGCUUUCAUUCAACCAAUUAUAACUUCUAGCUCUACAGAAUUUGAAUUAAAAUCUACUACAGCUUCCCCAACAGUUUUUACUGACGUUCCCAGUACUGCAUCUGGAACACAACUUUUUGAAAAGACUACCGAAUCGACCUCUAUUUUCAGUCAGACAACUGUGGCAAAUACUGCAUUUGGUAAUCCUGAUAAUACUACUACACCUUCUGUAUUUGGGCAAAAAGCUGAGAAUACACCAUCUUUUUUUGGUCAGACUGCUGCCACUCAGUCUUCAUUUUUUGCUAAAGCUGCAGAUGCUCCUGCCUUUGGUCAGAGUUCUAUACUUCAAAACUCCCCUUUUGGUCAGUCAACAGGUUCUUUUACCCAAGGGGCUGGAACAUUUUUCUCACAACCUGCUGGAGGACAACCACCUGUAUUUGCUAGUACCACAACUGCAGCAAGUACAGGAUUCGGCAAUUUAUCAGCUGCUUCAUCUGGAUUUUCUUUUGGAAAAUCCUCAUUUGGACAGUCUGCCGGAUCUUUUGGAUUAGCUAAAGCAGUAUUUGGUCAAAAUACUCAAACAUUUGGGCAACCUGCAUCAUCUCAAAGGUUUGUAUAA